AUAUUCCACCACUAUGUGUGUGUUCCUGACUGGUACACUGGUAGUGUGAGUCACUGUAUCUGAGUGGUUGAUGGCAGUGAACUCAUUGUACACUAGUCCAUCACGCAUCUGACCUGCUCCUGCUCUCCUCAUGCUGGGAAGAUUUAUACAAAGCUUCAUCGCACACUCUAAUCCAGCAUUCAGGAGUCCACAGUUCAGACAGAGUUCAACAUAACAAGAUUGUCUGAUCCUCUGUAUCAACAAAACAAAACUAAAGCCCUCUCAGUCUGUCAGUAUGAAGGUGUUAGAGGUGGGAGACUCAGUGAGUCAGUUCAGGUUGGCUGAGUCAUGUGUGGGGCUGGCAGGGUGUCUGUGCGUGGUCUACUCUGUUUGGACCCCUCGCUGGCUCAAUGACCAGGGACUGUGGUCUAUAGGCAACAACAGCACCAACACAGACAGUGAUGGUGACCAGACUGGGGACAUCAUCUUUAACGCCCUGGAGGCAGAGCAAGUGUUUGGGGUGCUGUCAUUCCUCAUGGCUGUGAAUUCAGGGGCUCUGUGCCUCGUGUUCGCCCUCUGCUGGACAUCCCAGACAGUGCGCUCUUACUCCAACACCCGCUCCCUCCUCAUGGCAGGCCAGGCCCUCUACCCCACCGUCUUGCUGCUCCUCACUCUGGGACCCACAGGAUUCUUCUUCCUCCUCAGCUGGUCCCUCUUCACCUACCAGCACCGGGUGGAGAUCAGCGAUGACUUCACAUGCCUGGGCUCCUCCUUUUGGCUGGGUACCCUGGGCUGGGCCCUGCUAUUGGUUGCUCUGCCUGUGGUCUUCCUGGUGGAGCAGUGUGUGGUCCCGGACAUCCUGCCAGAUCUCAUGAAGGCUGCCGAUGGGUGGCGGGGCGCCUCCCAGGUACCGUACGCCCAGUGCUCGUUUAUCGUGAGUCACCAGCGUUGUCAUGAAGACCAGAGUGAUGAAGACAUUGCGAGAGGGCUGAGGAGGUACAUGUCUGUACCCUGAGAGGAGGAAUAGAGAGGACACAGGACAGUGAUGGAGUAUUAGUGUAACCUUCUUCAGGCUCAGAGACUGAGCUGACUGCAGAAUGGGACUGGACUGGGCACACAGCUGAUAGGGGUCCAUGUUCACACUAGCAGUUCACCAGGGAGAGGAGCUUCUAGUCUGUGUCUGUAUCAGAGAUUUCUCCACUGUAGGAGAAUGUUUACAGACACACUCUGAGAAUAUGUAAUAUUAGACUAAUCAAAUCAAAUUUCAUUGGUUGUGCACACAUAUUUUGCAGAUGUUAUCGCAGAUGCAGCGAAAUGCUUAUGUUUCUAGCUCAAACAGUGCAGUAAUACCUAACAAAACAAAAUACACAAAUCCAAAAAAUAGCAGAACGAGCAAUGUCAGAGUCUGGAAUAUAUAUACCUUUCAAAAGUUUGGGGUCACAUAGAAAUGUCCUUGUUUUUGAAAAGCACAUUGUUUGUCCAAUUGCACAUUUCUUGUCCAUUGAAAUAACAUCAAAUUUAUCAGAAAUAGAGUGUAGAUAUUGCUAAUGUUGUUAAUGACUAUUGUAGCUGGAAACAGCUGAUUUUUAAUGG